CAUCCACACUGACUGAACUCGGUCUGCUGCACACAAAGUAACCGGAGCAGCUGUUACUUUCCACUCUUUUUCUGUAUAACUUUCAAGGUAACUACGCGAAACAAACUGUGUACACUAUUUACAAUCACUGCACGGAGAUAUUUAAGUUAACUGUUAGUAUGAUAAACACAACUGUAACUAAAAGUAAUGAAUGGUUGGGUUUAAAAGUCGCUAGCCGCCUCCAGCCGGAGUGUAGCGUUAAAGAAAAGUCCAGCGGUAUGCUAGCUUGAACGCGUAGCUAGGCUAACUUGACUUACCGGAUCUGCUGAAAGACGUUGGCUUUCUCGCUGCUAUCUAGGCUUUGUCAUGUCGGCUUUUAACCAGCGGUGAUAUAAUAUUCAAUGUGUGCAUUGAACAGCCAGUGAGCUAUGUUAGUUUGUCAACCAGCAGUAUUGGCAGGGAAUAUAAUGUUCGCUAGCUGAGGCGGCGUUAGCAUUAGCACAACAAGCCCCGGGAGUCAGCUGACAGUCUGUUGUGGGCUGCCAACAGAUCAGUGAUGGAUCAACUCAAAGUGAAGGAUCGCAUACUGGAAAAUAUCUCCCUGUCUGUCAAGAAGUUGCAAAGUUACUUUGCAGCCUGUGAAGAUGAGACCCCAGCCAUUCGAAAUCAUGACCGGGUUUUGCAGCGCCUCUGUGAACACCUAGACCAUGCUUUGCUAUAUGGGCUGCAGGAUAUCUCCUCAGGCUACUGGGUCCUGGUCCUUCACUUCACCAGGAGAGAGGCCGUCCGUCAGAUAGAUGAGCUUCAGCACAUAGCAACCAACCUGGGCCGAAGCCGCGCAUGGUUAUACCUAGCCCUGAGUGAGAGUUCUUUAGAGAGCUAUCUACGCCUCUUCCAGGAGAACCAAGGGUUACUACAGAAGUAUUACUUCAAGAAUGCACUGGUCUGCAGUCAUGACCACCUCACACUAUUCCUCACGCUGGUGUCCGGCCUUGAGUUUAUUCGCUUCAAUCUGGAGCUGGAUGCACCCUAUCUGGAUGUGGCCCCCUACAUGCCAGAAUACUACAAACCCCAAAAUCUGCUGGACUUUGAGGAAAGGCUACCCAGCUCUGACAGUUUGUCCCUGCACUCCUUCACCUCCCUUACCUCGACAAACCUGGAGUGGGAUGACAGCGCCAUAGCUCCCUCCAGUGAAGAUUAUGAUUUCGGUGACAUCUUCCCCGUGUUGCAGUCAUUGCCAAGUGCAGACUGGGAAGAGGGGGACCUGACUGACCAGGCCAGCUGCCCACGGUCCAGUGGCUCUGAUCCACAGACAGUCAUCAGCGACACAGUGGUUCUUCCUUCAGGCACCGUCAUUGUGAAAGGAGCCGCUCAUCCCUCUGCACACAGCCCCACGUUCAGACACAACCCCUUCAACGGGGACUCGGACACCAACACUACCAACACCUCAGCCGACAUCACACCAGUUCACGUGGCCAUCCGCCAUUACACCAUCACCUCAACCAAUGGAGAUGACGCAGAUAACGCCGGCAAUGAGCUGGAGGUCAUCAGGAUGGCCAGACGAAGGAAACCGGCCAAGAAGCGACGAGGGAAAGGCUCUACAGAUUCCAGCAGCAGUAUCAAUAACUCCAUCUCGUCGGAUCACAUAGAAACAGAAAACAGCCUUCAGGCCUCAGAGGAAGUGGAAUCACUAAACUGCUCGGCUUUUCAGCUGGAAGCUGACGGAGAGCUUAGGCGAAGCAGGGUGGGAUCAGAGGCUGUGGAGGAAGGAGAUGAGGACGGAGUGGAAGGCCUGCGGCUCCCAGAGAUGAGAGACACCUCCAUGGACACUGUGGGCCAACCCCUCCGUGAUGUCAUGGAUCGACUCAAUGGGGCCCUGGAUAGGAAUGGGGAGCCCUGGGAGCACCUAGUGGAGGAUGUGGAGGGGAAAAAUAAUGACCAUAGUGCCGAGCCCCCUGCACAGCAGCCCUUUCGAGAGGAUACAGCAGGCGAGCCCCCUGACCGUGCAGAGGGAGAGACCUGUCUCUCUCCACUGGUCACAAGCCACAACUUCCUGCAGACCUCCCCUGCACCUACAGACGUAUGCUGCUUUACCACCAACAGUCCAGACUCUGCUCCCACGGGUGGUGGCUACUAUGACUCUACAGAGCAUAGCCAGUCGCAGACUCUUUCAGGUGGCCUUGAUGAUGAAGGACAGGCAGAGGCGCAAUCAAGACAGAAACCCGACAUGACGACCCGAGGAGAAGACACAGAAGAAGGAGAGGAAGCAGACGCAGAAAGGCUACAAGAAGAGAAGCUUAGUUCCUCUGAAUGUUCUCAUCCUGCAGAGUUUAAGGUGGAUAACAACCACUUGCUUCUUCUCAUGAUUCACGUAUUCAGAGAGAACGAAGAGCAGCUCUUCAAGAUGCUGAGAAUGAGCACAGGCCAUAUGGAGGGCGAUCUACAACCACUUUACCUGCUGCUGACUGACUGUUACAUUUACCUGCUUAGAAAGGGAGCUGCAGAAAAGCCUUAUACAGUAGAGGAUGCUGUACCUUAUAAUGAGCUGGACUAUCUAUCAGUUGGCCUCGACCAGCAGACAGUGACGGUGGUUUGCACCAACAGACGGAGAAAAUUCCUGUUGGACACAGCUGACGCCUCUCUAACAGUUUGGUUCUUGUCCGUUCUGAAGUCAGCCAUGGUGAAGGGUUGUCGCGAGCCUCCUUACCCUUCUGUUUUGACUGAUGCUACCAUGGAAAAACUGGCUCUCACCAAGUUUGUCUCCCAGGAAUCUUAUUGUGAGGUAGCUGACGUGUCUAUCCAGCUGUAUUCACUGGUGCACUGGGAGGAUCCUAUGGACAUGGCUCUGUCACCCCAGGGUGGCCCACCUAGGGCUGGGGGACCUUCCAGCACCAAGGAGGGGACUCUACAGUACCGAGCUGGAACCACCUACCUGGGCAAAGAGUUGUGGAAAAGCUGCUACGUCGUCCUCAGCAACGGGAUUCUAUACCUGUAUGCAGAAAGAACUGAUGGGACACCUGUAAUUUCAGUCACUAUGGGAGGAGAGCACUGCGGAGGCUGCCGGCGCUCAAACAGCACAGAGCAUCCCCACGCCUUCCAGGUCAUCCUGACAGAACGCCCUCCACUGGAGCUCAGUGCUAACAAUGAGCAGGACAUGGCUGACUGGAUGCAGCUGCUCUGCCAGUCCGUCUCUAAAGGAGUUAUCCCCCAGGGUGUGGCCCCAACCCCGUGUAUCCCAUGCUGCCUCGUGGUGACAGACAGUAAGCUGCUAACUUGCCAUCAGGACUGUCAGACCAGUUUCUUCCGCUCACUGGGCAGCGCUGACAUCUGUGAUGUCACAGCUGUCAGCACGGAGGCCAACAAGGAGUACUGUGUUAUCGAGUUUGCAGCAGAUCGGACCCAGUUUCUUCCUCCUUGGGUUUUGUACUUCAGUGGCUGUGAUGAGAGAGAUCGGCUUCUGGGGGCGUUAGACAACACAUGGAAAGCCAUUUUCCAGGUUGACCUCCCCCACAGAGACGUGUUCGAUCCGUCUGUGCAGAAGCGUUGUGGUGAGGCCCUCGCUCUGAUGAACAGCGCCUGGCAGAGAGCUGACAGUCUGGCCCGAGGCAGAGCCCAGCGCGAACCCUGGUGCUGAUGGGCACACACAUGCACACAUACACAUAAACAUAACUGUGGUUAGCCACUGGAACAGACUAAACAGUCUUGUAUAGUUCCAGGAUAGACAGAUUUAUCCGACAUAACAGUCUCUACUGACUGUUCAGAGUGGAAUAAGCUGUAAGAAUGAGAUAAACCAAUCAGAUGAGGUUAUUGGUUGCUGUACUACAGCAUUACCCUGUGAUGCACCUCUGAUUCGCUGUUGAAAUCCUUACAUCAUAGGAACUGCAGAAGAAGCUAGGUUUAUGUUACAGCCAUUGCAGUGAUGCAAAACAUUAUUACUUGGAAUGAAAAUCAGUUGAACAAACGUCCACCAGAAUGUUGUAACAAAGUUUGACCCUAGCAGACAUUUUCAUCGUUCCUUUCUCAGAGAUUCUUCAGACAGAGCAGUGAUGCAAAAAUAAAUGUGCUUAAAGGAACGUUGUGUUUCAUAUGAUGUUAUUUAGGAUAAAUCCCUGUAGGAAAUGCAAAAACGGUUGUGUAGUGGUUACAAAUCGAUGCCAACAUAUACGACCACAAACAAGUCUCCAAAAGAAGUGAACAUCCAGCUGUUUUCUUUAGAGGAGUAUACUCUUGAAAACGAACACCAAUAGAGAGAAGCAUUGACUUCCUCAUGUGGACAGACCAGAAAAUAAUCAAACAUAAAUCAGGUACACGGAGUAAUCUAAGUGUGGAAUAAGACAUGGAGCCAUAACCAGUAGCUUUCCUGCACAGUGAAGUGAGAGAAGUAGUAUUUAUUGAAUCUCAACAGUAACUCAGUCAGAAUAAAAUCAUUCUUGUGAUAUUUAUGAAGAAAGCCAUACAUGAAGGGAGGGGAACUUACUGCUUGUUCGCUUCACGCUCCCUUUGCCUUGCACAUAAAAAGUGCUUUCUCCUGCACAACUCUGAAAUGAUACAAAUCACUCCUUGCUUGCAAACAAUUAGCAGAAGCUCUGCUGAACCCCUAACUGUGGCACAUUUAUAAAGCCAAUUCACAGCGCUGUACAGUAUCUAUGAGUAUUCACUGACAGCUGCGUACGUGUCUGCUAUUCAGUUAUGGUUCGUCUAAUGACUCGUACACUGUACGAAGAAUAUGUGGAUAUUUAACACUUGCACUGUUACAUGACAUGCUUAUACCUGUGUCGUCUGUUUGAUAUCUCGUCGUCACACAGAUAAAAGAAUAUCAGGAAUGCAACAGACUUGCCUUUUUUCUCCGCUCAAGACAAGUGGAGGCUUCCAUGCUGACUUGCACAUCGUUAGUCUUUUUUUAAAGGUACUAGUUGUAGUUUUGUUUAAUAUAUAACAUGCUCAUUCGUUUCCAUUUCUGAGAAAGUGUGAAGAAUUGUUACUAAAUUAUUGAAUCCAGUAGUAACAUUAAGAUGGUGUUUACUAUGUUACCUGCAUUGGCAGACCUGUACUUCCCUUUAGUGUGGGGGAGUAUCGAGUAAAGGCCCUGACACACCAAGGAGAUCAUCGGCCAUCUGUCCUAGUUGAACCGUUGGUGAGCGGUCAUCACCCCAGAUUGUGCGGUGUGUCAGGCUCCGUCGGCCCCCGUCCGCCUUUUUUGGCCGAUUCGACAUGUUGAACCGGCGGUCAGUGAGAGGAAUCUCUCUGAUUGGCUGUUCGGAGGUUUCAUUUAUCUCCAGCUCUCGACACAGGUUUAGGAAAUCCCCUUGAGCAUGCCGCUGUAGUAUCCAUGCUUUCACCCAUUAGUGCGGUUUCUCCUUAUUUGUCUUCUCUGCCUCUUCUUUUCUUUUUCAACUAAAAGACCAAGGGCUGACAAUGCCAGCGCCAUUUUCAACUUUUUAUCAGACAUUAUUCUCCAUUAGUAGGUUACCUGUAAUAUGAGUCGUGACCGACAGCGGUGUGGAAAUGGUCUUCCCGUGUCAUAACAACAGACUACCGCCCCCUGCUGGCAUGGAGAGUUAUUUCCUCUCACGCAUGUGCAGAACGUACGUGGUGGUUGGCCGUCGGCUGAAGUCUUUGGGGUGUGUUCUAGUGCAACUUUUUGGCCAAGACGCGGGGCGACGUGAGGCGACGCUACAGGCGGCCUUCUUUACCACUAGUUCUUUGCCGUCUGCUUGGUGUGUCAGGGCCUUAAGAAUCAGAAGAAGCCUUUACUGACUGACAGCUUCAAGUGCUUUUGGCUUUACAGUUUUAUUCCACACCUAAAGGUUUGUGGAAGAAGGACAUCCCUAUAUAUGUUAGUCAUCAUUUGUUUAUGUUCACCUUACAAUUCAUAGCGUAUACACUGUAAGCCUGUAAUAUCACCUUAAAUUUAAAGGUCACAUAUUAUCCUCCUUUUCAACAAGUUUAAAAGAAAGUCUCAGAGCUCCUCAAAACAUGUCUGUGAAGUUUUUUUGCUAUAAAUCCUCUCUGAUCCUGUAUUUGAUCAUGCCUAUAAACGCCUCUAUUUCAGCCCUACUCAGAACAGGCUGUUUCUGUGUCUGUAGCUUUAAAUGAGCUGUGUCUGACCACGCCCCCUCUCUCGAAGGGCUUGUGUGGUGUGAGCUUUCUUGCUCCAUGCCCUAUUGUUUACGUUGAGGAGGCAUACUCAGAGGGCAGAACAAACACCUAGCUGUGGGAGUGUCACCCACCUGGGGGAGGGGUUACUGCCCUUUGUGAUGUCAUGAAGGGAAAAUCUCCAAAUGGCCUGUUUGAGCACACAUUUUCUGAAAAGUGGAGCCAGUAUAAGACGGAGAGGAUGGACUUUACUCAUCAUGUUUGUAGACAAAUUAGAGACACAUAUUAGUGUUAGAGAAACCUGGUGACGUGUAUUUUGCAUAAUAUGUGACCUUUAAACAACAGUAUGUGUGUUACAAUCUGUCCACAUCAUUAACCCUGCUUUGAUUGCUGCUGCUUCGUCAAUGAUGGUGUGUAACAUCUCUCAUAUCCACUAUGAGAAAGGAGGGAGAUUUGUGUUUCGCAGUGACAAUGUUGCCUUUUUGAUAAUCUCUAGGAAUAUAAAUCUGCAUAUGAAUGCAGCAUCUGAAGGCACUGGACAAGAAUGUGAUGUUAGAAGUUGCUUUGACUAAUCACUUUAAAAAAAGACUUUUGGAUGCAUUCAAGAAAACAGUUCAUGUUGAUGGCAUACUCCCUCAGUACAGACACAACGCUGUCUGUAAGAAAUGUUUGUGUUUGUAUUCAACAAAGUACAGAAAAUAAAUCCUGCUUUGAUAUGUCUACCAAAACUAAGAAAACCUUUAAGUAAUACCCAACUCUAUCAAUACGUCACUACAUUUAGAAACCUGUUCCUCUGAGACACUGUGUUACCUUCACCUUCAUGUUAGCAUGAAUCAGUGCUUUAAGAUUUUCUAAGUGCCACUUGUUCUCUCUCAUCUUCUGCUCUUUACACAGAAAUCUAAUCUCAGGUGAAAAAGGUACUCCACUUCAGAAACCUUAACACUCACCAUCAUUUUUUUAAUUUGCUGCCUAACCUAAAUCCUCUUUUAUACUUUGGUUCCUCCCUGGUUAGAUGCAGCAUUUUACACACACAGAGACAGAGAGAGACAGUUGCAAAUAACUCUAAAUGUGGGUAAAAGGUUUGACGUAAAACUUAGUUAAUAAUUCAUUGGGUUCCAAAAUAGGACUGGUGGGCUGCUUAGUUUGAAUCCUCGGCCCCGGUGGAAAACUUCAGCUCUUUUUUUUUUUUUUAACCAGGGAGAGUAAAGUUGCAAUAUUUUGACUUACUUGAAAUGUUUGUCGGAUUAUUCAUUUUGAAAAUUAACUACUUAAAAUUGUGGCCUAUAGAGUUUUGUUUUUUUUGAGCAGUGUUUUGAAUGUGGGGCAUUGCUGGCCAAUGAUGGAAGACCUCUUCUAAAAGAUGUGUUGUUAAAGCGCUUUUUGAUUUUGUUAAAUUCAUGUAUACUGCAUGUAAUAUUUGUAUAAUGUUUAGCGGUUUUAUUGAAUUGUAAAUAGAGCACUAAUCAGUAUAACAUACUGUACACUCACAUGAGAGGGGCAUGUCCACAAGGUUUUAUACUGCUCAUAAUGAUAAUGAAUGUACAAAUACACCUUUGUGAUUGGACGGCAUAACUGAAUAAACAGACAUAACUCA